AUGCGAAAUACUUGGCUGUCUCCCCGGAGUGCGAUUUGGGAAUACUGGACAUCGCUGAUUGCAUGUCUCUUUUGGAUUCAGUACUCUAACGGGAUGCCUCAUGUCAUUCGAAUAGGUGGGAUAUUUGAACAAACAGAUGGACCUGUUUCACUCGUUAGUGCCGAGGAGCUUGCCUUUAAAUUUGCUGUCAAUAACAUUAACAGAAACAGGACUUUAUUGCCAAAUACAACAUUAACAUAUGACAUACAGAGGAUUAAUAUCUACGACAGCUUUGAGGCGUCAAGAAAAGCCUGCGACCAGCUGUCUUUAGGUGUGGUUGCUAUAUUUGGGCCCUCACAUAGUUCAUCGUCUAAUGCUGUGCAGUCCAUCUGUAAUGCAUUGGAAGUGCCACACGUCCAGGUGCGGUGGAAACAUCAUCCCAUGGACAACAGGGACACCUUUUAUGCCAAUUUAUACCCGGAUUACUCAUCACUGAGCUAUGCUAUCCUGGACCUAGUGCAGUUUCUCAAAUGGAAAACAGCUACUGUUGUAUACGAUGACAGCACAGGUCUUAUAAGACUACAGGAGUUGAUAAUGGCCCCAUCCAGGUACAACAUCAGGCUAAAGAUCCGUCAGCUCCCUAUCGACUCGCAGGACACCAGACCCCUUCUCAAAGAAAUGAAGAGAAGUCGGGAGUUCCGCAUCAUCUUUGACUGCAGUCACCAAAUGGCUGCACAGAUUCUCAAACAGGCCCAGACCAUGGGGAUGAUGACAGAGUAUUACCACUAUAUCUUCACCACUCUGGACCUGAUGGCCAUUGACUUGGAGCCGUAUCGUUUCUGUGGUGUCAACAUGACUGGCUUCCGCAUCCUGAACGUGGAUAAUCCCCAGGUCGCGUCCAUUGUGGAGAAAUGGUCGAUGGAAAGGCAGAUACCACCUAAACCUGACUCAGGCCUCCUGGAGGGCAUCAUGACGACAGAUGCAGCUCUGACCUAUGAUGCGGUCCACAUUGUGUCCGUCUCAUACCAGCAUGCACCACAGAUGACCGUAAACUCGCUGCAGUGCCACCGCCACAAACCCUGGAGAUUUGGAGGGCGCUUCAUGAGUUUCAUCAAAGAGUCCCACUGGGAUGGUUUGACGGGGAGACUGUCAUUCAACAAGACAUCUGGUCUACGUACAGACUUCGACCUGGACAUCGUCAGUCUGAAGGAGGAUGGACUUGAAAAGGUGGGGAAGUGGAGUGUGUCAGGAGGUCUUAACAUCACAGAAGCGCCGAAGCGAAAGGGGAUGAACAUCACUGAUUCCCUGGCUAACCGCUCCCUCGUCAUCUCCACCAUCCUGGAGGAGCCAUAUGUCAUGCUUAAGAAGUCUGACAAGGCGCUGGUCGGGAACGACCGUUUCGAAGGCUUCUGCAUCGACUUGCUCAAAGAGCUGGCCAACAUCCUGGGCUUCACCUAUGAGAUCCGUCUUGUGCCUGAUGGGAGAUAUGGCUCUCAGGAUGAUAAGGGCCAGUGGAAUGGCAUGAUCAGGGAACUUAUAGAGCAUAGGGCAGACUUGGCAGUAGCUCCUCUCACCAUUACCUAUAUGCGUGAAAAGGUCAUCGACUUCUCCAAGCCUUUCAUGAGCAUGGGUAUCAGCAUCCUGUACCGCAAACCCAAUGCCACCAACAAUGGCUUCUUCUCCUUCCUGAACCCCAUGACUCCCGACAUCUGGGUCUACAUCCUGUUGGCCUACCUGGGUGUAAGCUGUGUCCUUUUUGUCAUUGCCAGGUUCAGCCCAUAUGAAUGGUACGACGCUCAUCCUUGUAACCCUGGAUCAGAUGUGGUGGAGAACAACUUCACCCUCCUCAACAGCUUCUGGUUUGGAGUCGGUUCCUUAAUGCAACAAGGCUCAGAACUGAUGCCCAAAGCCCUGUCGACCAGGAUCAUCGGUGGGAUCUGGUGGUUCUUCACACUCAUCAUCAUUUCAUCCUAUACAGCUAAUUUAGCCGCUUUUCUUACUGUGGAGAGAAUGGACUCGCCUGUGGACUCAGCUGAUGACAUCGCCAAGCAGACCAAGAUUGAGUAUGGUGUGGUCAAAGAUGGGGCAACUAUGUCUUUCUUCAAGAAAUCUAAGGUUUCUACUUUUGAGAAGAUGUGGGCCUUUAUGAGCAGCAAACCAAGCACAUCACUGGUGAAGUCUAUUGAGGAUGGGAUUCAGAGGGUGCUGAAGUCAGACUACGCCCUCAUUAUGGAGUCCACCACUAUCGAUUACAUCACUCGGCGGAACUGUAACCUCACACAGGUGGGAGGGAUCAUCGACAGCAAAGGCUAUGGGAUCGGCACUCCCCUUGGCUCCCCGUACAGGGACAAAAUCACCAUAGCAAUCCUAAGCAUCUUGGAGGAUGGGCGCCUACACAUGCUGAAGGAGAAGUGGUGGAGUGGGAGCAGCUGCUUGGAUGAAGAGCGUCGCGAGACAGGCCCCAUGGGUAUCCAGAACCUGGGUGGUAUAUUCAUUGUGCUGGCAUCUGGCCUAGUGCUGUCUGUUUUUGUGGCGAUUGCUGAAUUCAUCUACAAACUAAGGAAGACUGCAGAACGUGAGCAGAGGUCUUUGUGCAAUGCCAUGGUGGACGAGAUCAGACUGUCGUUCACCUGCGAGAGGCGGGUGAAACACAAGCCUCAGCCUCCGGUCAUGGUGAAGACGGAUGCGGUGAUCAACAUGCACGCCUACAACGACCGACGACUCCCAGGAAAGGACAACAUGAGCUGCAGCACUGGGAUGACCCCCGUGUUCCCGUGA